GUCGCGUCAGAUUUCGGUACUUUACAGUCGUGGGUUCGACCGAAAAAACUUUGAUAAAACUCUGUUGCGCAGAGACAGAAGCUCACAACUCUGGCACACACACAAUACAGAGAAGCGAUGUUAAACUAGAGGAAUGAACAUCCAGAACAUUUCCCAGAUGAAGAAAUGAGCACGAAAAUAAGCACCAUCCCAACGUUGCGCACGUUUUUGGAUUCCCGUUGGUCUGACUCAAACGACGCCACCGCAUGGCUAACAGCCCCCGCGGCCGUAUGUGACCCUCCCGUUACCUGCAAAGAUAGAAUGGACCCGGGUCAGCCCAACCCAACCCCAGACGAGUUCCAGACCCAGCUCGACCUGUUCCUCAAACUGGGGUUUUCCCAAACUCAGGUGCGCGCUGCUUUCCUGAAACUCGGCCUCGGUGCGGACACAAACAAAGUUCUGGGGGAGCUGAUACAGGCUGGUGGAGAACCUGAGGAACCCACCGCCUCCCCUGUGCUGGUUCCACGCGGGGAUGGUACGAAGGUCCGAAGCGCCCAGACAGACUGUCGUAGCUCCCCAGAAGAGCUUGUAGAAGAUGAAGAUGCACUCAGACCGAUUGUUAUAGAUGGAAGUAAUGUAGCCAUGAGCCAUGGGAACAAGGAAGUUUUCUCCUGUCUGGGAAUCCAGCUGGCUGUGAAUUUCUUCCUGGUGCGAGGUCACCUUGACAUCACCGUGUUUGUGCCAUCCUGGAGAAAAGAGCAGCCGCGGCCUGACGUUCCCAUCACAGAUCAACACAUUUUACGGGAGCUGGAGAAGAGAAAGCUUCUUGUAUUCACGCCAUCCAGAAGGGUGGCUGGAAAACGUGUGGUUUGCUAUGACGACCGUUUCAUAGUGAGGCUGGCGUACGACUCCGACGGCAUCAUUGUGUCCAACGACACGUAUCGAGAUCUCCAGGGAGAACGUCCAGAUUGGAAGCGUUUCAUUGAGGAGAGACUUCUGAUGUACUCGUUCGUCAAUGAUAAAUUUAUGCCCCCGGAUGACCCUCUGGGAAGACAUGGUCCCACCCUAGACAACUUCUUGAGGAAGACUCCACGUCUACCUAAGAAACAGCCGUGUCCUUACGGAAAGAAGUGCACGUACGGAAUCAAAUGCAAAUUCCAUCACCCUGAGCGAAGCAAACAAUCCCAGCGUGCCCUGGCCGACGAGCUGCGGGACAAGGCUAAAAUCUCUUCCACACCUCACAAACCACAGUCGAUUCCUCUCGGGCCCAGUCAAAGUCCAUCUCUAGAAGAAGUUUUGGAACACAAACUAUCUCUUGACCCGUGCGGACCGCUCAAAAAAACACACACCAGCGAAAACGUGCUGGUCGUCAAAGGAGUCCCUCAGCCGACUCAGAAGAAGUUUUCCUCAAAGAGAGAACACCGUCAUUCCCCGACAGAUCCGAGUUCUUUUCCUUACGGAUCGCAGGAGCGUUUGGAUUCUGGCUUGGGGUCCUACGAAAGUCAUUUACCGGAAGCGCUCUACUACGAAACGGAGCACAGAAAGUCCAAACCGUCCAGCGGUGGGCGGCACCCUUGCGGUCCAGCUAACAGACAACCCUGCAGUUGCUGCUCGUAUGAAUCUCAGAGCGUCAGCGGAGGCAGCAUGAGCUUAACCAGCUCGCCAAACCCAGAACACAUGAGUUACGGUCAACCCCGUUAUCAUUCGUACGGAGGGGGUCCGGUUUACCCGCCCGUCAACAUGUCACAGUAUUCGUAUCAUCACAGCAGAGGUCCUCCACCUCAUCAUGGAUACUGGUCUGAUCAUUAUGGUGCCUAUCCUCCAGCAUCCCAGAGUCCCUUGCAGGAUGAGAGAGGACAUGGGCGCUGGUCCCCUUCCAAACCAAAUCCACAGUGGUCCGAGAGGGAGCAGGUGAGAAAGAAAUUGCUGGCGAUUUUUAAUGCACGGUUGGUGGACAGGGCUAUGGACAGGUUUCCUCAGAUCCUCGAUCCGCAAAGACUGGCUGCAGAGAUUUUGACCCUACAAUCUCAAGAUGGGGCUUUAUAAGUCUCUAUUUUAAAAACAGGCUGUUGAAGGACAUUUUGAAGCUUUUAUGUUUUAUUUUUGUCUCGUCCUGCUGGGUAUGAAAUCUCAUUGGUCCAAAAUCCUGUUUUAUUUUAAACAUGAUAUAUUCGUUAAAUAAUGAAGGCAUUUCAAUGCCAAUUUAUAUUUUAAAAGUGGAAACUUGACACACUGUGUCUUUAAUACAAAUGUAACCUUUGGUAUUUUUUAAGGUAUUGUCACUUGUAUUUGGUAAAUGAUUGUAAUUUAUCAUUGGUCGUAUUCAGUGGUAACCAACAAGGUAUUUCUCUUUGACAGUUUAAUAUUGACUUUGUCAGCGUUCUGGCAAAAAAAUGAUAUCAAGAAAACAUAGUUUGUGUUAUGAAUUGUGGUUCUGAGGUCUUGGAUCUGCAGUACCGUUUAAAUGUGUCGGCACCGUGUGCUUUAACGUUUCUUAAUCUGAACUACCAAAACGGUAGAAGUGUACACACCCUUUGGUGUAUUUUCCUAUUUUUAUUGCUUCCAAUUUAUACAAUUCAGUCCUAGAGGGUACAGGGCUCACCAGUGUAGUGUGAGAUGUAUUCAAUAAGUUCUCAUGUAAAUGCUACAAGCGAGAAACAGAUCAGACUGUUAUUACAGUAUGAGGGACACUAGAAAGGUGCCCUUGUUAGUUUGCAACGAUCGUUGAAGUUAAAAAGAAUUUAUAAUAUUGAGUAGGCAACAUUUUGCCAUUGUUUUGCGACAUGUAAAAUCUGAAUAUAUUUACUUUUUAUUGGUCUGUUGUUUUAUAAAAUAAAAAAUAAAUGGCAUGAUAUUUAUGUACAAA